GAAACAGCCAGCAGAGAUGGAGAGUCAAGAUAAGCAGCAUUGAAGAGCGAGGCAUUUCUGAGCUUUAGAUGGUUUAUUAAUGGAAAUGCAAUGAAGCACCUCUGGAGUUUGCAGGAUGAUGCCAGUAAAUGGGAAGAUCUCCGCAGAAUCUCAGUAUUUCAGGGCUCAGAAAACUGACGUCCUUCAGUGGUUCUUCAGAUGCGAUCCAGACCAGAGACCCCACAUCAGAUUUCUCCUAUUGACGGGCUCCAGCAUCUGUCCGAGUGACCGAGGAUCCUGCACUCGCUGGUGCAAGCCCACAGACCUGAGGAAACACACUCCGGACACCUCGUCAACGCAACCAUGAUCCUGCAAAAAAUAAUUGCCCUGACAAUCGUCUGCGUAAGAAGUCGUGCUACCAGCGACACUGCGUCUUUGUCUGUUUCGUUGCUGCACUGUUAUCAAGAACACAAACGAUCAGUUAUUUUCCUUUCCAUACCGUGAUGGGACGAGCGUUGUCUUUACCAUAACCAGGCAAAGUGGAAUAUCCCUGCGAAAACACAAGAACCAAAGCUCAUCCUCUCUGCUCUUCUGGAACGACAUGAUGUAUUUGCAGACAUGAAGUUCUACUGCAGUUACUUCAUGCUUCUGUGCAUGAUUUGCAACGUCAGCUGCACAACAACGAAGUACUUCAUGUAUGAGGAAGACGCACCUGGGACAGAGAUUGGAAACCUUUCUAAAGACCUAAAAAUAGACCCAGCGGAGGAUCCCGAGACAUCUUUCAAGUUCAUACAGAAGACAAACUCCAUCAUUCACAUGAGGCAAAUCGACGGGCUUUUAACAGUCGGAGAAGCCAUCGACCGAGAGCAGCUUUGUCACCGAUCUCCACAGUGUCUUAUAACUUUUGACGUCGUCGCUUUUUCAAAGGAGAAAUUCCAGCUCAUUCAUGUUGAGAUCGAGGUAAAAGACAUUAACGAUCAUUCACCUCAUUUCACACGCAACGAAACGCAUUUGGAUAUAUCCGAAAACGCACCUUUGAACUCACGAUUUCCGCUGGACGUCGCUGUGGAUCACGACGUCGGAGACAAUUAUGUUCAAAGCUACCAUAUUUCACACACAAACCAUUUCGUUGUUGAAGUCAGCACUCGUGAGGAUGGAGAAAAGUCAGCUGAACUCGUGUUGAUCAAGACGCUUGAUAGAGAAAGCGAAGAGUUUUAUACGAUCGAGGUGAUGGCGACCGAUGGCGGGACUCCGGCGAAAUCUGGCUCGACGACUGUUUACAUCCGAGUGCUGGAUUUUAACGACAACAGCCCGACGUUCGAACACAACUCGCUCAAAGUCGAGCUCAGCGAAGAUUCGCCCAUCGGCUCACGUGUGCUAAAAGUACACGCUUUCGAUCCCGACGCCGGGAUCAACGGAGAAGUCGUGUACGGCUUCGUCGAAGGCUCUCCGAGCGAAGUCACACGUGUUUUCCAGAUCGAUCUCAUCACAGGAGAAGUGACCCUCAAAGACUUUGUCGAUUACGAGACCAAAAAGUCGUACGAGCUGCACAUCCAAGCCUCUGAUUUGGGCGCCAAUUCAAUAUCAUCCACCUGUCGCGCUAUUGUCGAAAUCAUUGAUGUGAACGAUAAUGCGCCGGAGAUUAGCAUCAAACCAAUGACUUCCACCAGCGACGGAGUCGCGUUCAUUACCGAAUCUGCAGCUGAAGAAAGUUUCGUAGCUCUUAUUAGCACCUCAGACGCAGAUUCGGGUCCCAACGGCUACGUCCGGACGAGUUUAGAAGGACAUGAGCAUUUUAAGCUGCAGCAAGCCUACAGCGACACUUUUAUGAUCGUAACGACCACAACUUUAGACAGAGAAGCCAUUCCAGAAUACAACCUAACUGUGAUUUCUGAGGAUUUAGGAACUCCUCCGUUUAAAACCAUCAAACAUUAUACCAUUCGCAUCACAGAUGAAAAUGAUAACGCACCGAUGUUUAGCAAAGCCAUCUAUGAUGUCUCAGUAAUAGAAAACAACAUUCCCGGGUCGCACAUGACUACGGUGGUCGCACGCGAUCUUGACGUUGGGAAAAACGGAAAAGUCUCCUACAGCCUAAUCGACAGCAAAACGCCAGAUGGUUCGCCGAUUUCUACGUUUGUUUCCAUUGAUCCUCAUUCUGGCUCCUUGUACACGUUGAGGUCCUUUAACUUUGAGACUCUGAAAGAAGUCGAGUUCGUGGUCAAAGCCAGCGAUAAAGGUUUCCCGCCAUUAUCGAGCACGACUUUAAUUCAAAUCCGCGUGGUGGACGAGAACGACAACUUUCCGUAUUUCACAUAUCCGGUGUUGCGCAACAAUUCCGCCGACGUUCCGAUUCCCUUCAACGCUCAAAGCGGCUAUUUAGCGUUAAGACUGACGGCUCAAGAUGAAGACAGCGGCGUAAACAGCGAGCUCAGUUUUCAUAUUCUAGAAGACGAUGCUAAACUUUUUACCGUUGAUAAAAACAGCGGCGAAAUCGUCUUGAAACGAAAACUCGCUGCACAAUGUGGAGACGUCCUGCAGAUUAAAGUUUCGGUUGUUGACAAUGGAAGAGAGCCGCUUUCUAGCACAGCGACCGUCCGGUUUGUGGUGACAGACACAGGUGCACAAGAGGACCAGGUGGUUAUUUUACUCCGAUCCAAGGAUGAAGAGACUCUGGAGUUUGAUGUGUGGACUGUAGUGAUCAUUGGUUUCGCUGGAUGCUGUGUGCUGUUGCUGACUGCGAUCAUCAUCCUCACCGUGACUUGCACCAUCAAACGAAGGCGAAGAAACUUUGGGAGAGAUGGCCUAUACGGAUCAACCCCGCUUUCCAAGAACAACCCUGCCGGUUCAAACAUUUAUGGAGGCCCUAAUGCCUUCCUCAGAAGCGAAGGCGAUUCAAUGCAACCUCUGUAUGAAGAUAAAAGCCUGGAUUUUGAGGAAAAGCUGUUCCUGCCCUGCAAACCUUUUGAGCAAACAUUUUUAUGGCAAGAUGAAAAAUACUGUCUGCAAAGGAGUGGCACCAGCAACACAGAUCAGCUGAGCGUGAAGGACAGCGGCAAAGGAGACAGUGAUUUCAAUGACAGCGACUCUGACAUCAGCGGAGCCGCUCAGAAACGAGGCCUGACAACCUUCCAACCGCUGGCCAGAGGUGCAUUCAGCAGCGCAGGAGACUGGAAAAGCAAAGCUCACGUUAUCCAGACCCGAAACGUGCAUGUCCCGCCUGGCAGCGCCUACACCAUCGGAUUCGCACCGGCGGCACCGCUUUACAACACGACCCACGUCACUUCCCAUUCCUGGAGAGAAAGCUACAGUAAAACCAACAUGUUGAACGCACAGCGACCCGUUCAGACUUUCUCAAGGACAGGUACGCUGCCGUCAUACUCGGCCCAUCAGACCAGAAGAGCGAUGACGGGCCUCGAAGAGCAGAUCGAGACGGUCAAAGAUGCAUUUCUGCUUCCAGACUCACCUGAAGUUGCUACCACUUUUUAAAUAUCAAAUAAGAGUUCAGCCUUGUUCAUCGAAUCUGAGAUUUUAGCCGAUUACGUGAGCGUGACCGACUGAGCAAAACUUUCCCAGCAAUUUAGCAGUCAGUACUUUUGAUACUGGUUUGCCACAAAUGGAAGUGUUUCUUAUUUUUUAAUUCAUGAAAAUAUAUUUAAGAACAGCCUGUGUGACUCAAAAGAACAUAAAUAGUUUUUGUAAAUAUUUGUAUAUUUUGUAUUAUGUCUUUUCCAGUGAAAACAAACCCUUUUUUGUGUUGCUGACUCACCAAAAUGAUGGAUUUUCUGUAAAUAAUUUUGCAAAUAAGUAACAAACCAAUUUAGUUUAUUUUAUAGAUGUUGUUAGCAAUGAGUUUGUAUGUGUUUAGUAAAAGACAAAUUAAGUAAAUUUGUUUAGAAUGAGAAUUUUUUUUUUUUUUUAUCCACACAUAUUUAUAUUUCUAUAUGAAAUAGUUUAGUAAAAAUUCUUAAAUAUAUACUAAACUAUUUAUUUUUAUUAUUGUUUUCUAAUUGCACACAGAUCCUGAUUAAGUAUCUCUCAAAAAAGUUAGAUCUCUUCCAAAAGUGCCAUCAACAGAAACAAUUUUCACUCAAAAAUGGCUAAAUUUCACAAACAAUUGGCAUGUAACAUUGAAUUAAGCAUGAAAUUUUGAAGCAGACAGACUGAAAUAGUGUUUUCUUGUGAAGUGUACUGCAAUACUGUGUGUUUGAGAGUUGAAUGUUUUCCUUGUGUAUUUGCUUCUCUUUAUUUUCCGGCUUUUUAAGCAUGGCUUAAAAACCUGUGCAGAGACUGUACAUAUUAAUUGUAUAUAAUUUUCUCACCUCAGUGACCCAAAUAAAGUACUUA